AUGGAAGUCUUCAAGAAACACUUAAAUAGGUUCUUACAAGAAGUGCCGGACCCACCAGGUGGUGGUGCAUACGUGGGCCUGCGGACUGCUCCGAACAACAGCCUGUUGGGCCCAGUCAUCAUAAUGUCUUCAACACUUCCUUCAGCUACUCCCUCCUCCUCCUCCACCAGUGGCCACAACCCUUCAGCCCCCGCCGCCUCCACCACCGCCUCCACCAGUGGCCACAACCCUUCAGCCCCCGCCUCCUCCACCACCUCCACCACAACCCUUCAGCCCCCGCCGCCUCCAGCAGUGGCCACAACCCUUCAGCCCCCGCCGCCUCCACCAGUGGCCACAACCCUUCAGCCCCCCGCCUCCUCCACCACCCCCAGCAGUGGCCACAACCCUUCAGCCCCCGCCGCCUCCUCCACCACCUCCAGCAGUGGCCACAACCCUUCAGCCCCCGCCGCCUCCACCAGUGGCCACAACCCUUCAGCCCCCCACAACCCUUCAGCCCCCGCCUCCUCCACCACCUCCAGCAGUGGCCACAACCCUUCAGCCCCCGCCGCCUCCACCACCUCCAGCAGUGGCCACAACCCUUCAGCCCCCGCCGCCUCCACCACCUCCAGCAGUGGCCACAACCCUUCAGCCCCCGCCUCCUCCACCACCUCCAGCAGUGGCCACAACCCUUCAGCCCCCGCCGCCUCCACCACCUCCAGCAGUGGCCACAACCCUUCAGCCCCCGCCUCCUCCACCACCUUCAGCAGCAGUGGCCACAACCCUUCAGCCCCCGCCGCCUCCACCACCUCCAGCAGUGGCCACAACCCUUCAGCCCCCGCCGCCUCCACCACCUCCAGCAGUGGCCACAACCCUUCAGCCCCCGCCUCCUCCACCACCUCCAGCAGUGGCCACAACCCUUCAGCCCCCGCCGCCUCCACCACCUCCAGCAGUGGCCACAACCCUUCAGCCCCCGCCGCCUCCACCACCUCCAGCAGUGGCCACAACCCUUCAGCCCCCGCCGCCUCCACCACCUCCAGCAGUGGCCACAACCCUUCAGCCCCCGCCGCCUCCACCACCUCCAGCAGUGGCCACAACCCUUCAGCCCCCGCCGCCUCCACCACCUCCAGCAGUGGCCACAACCCUUCAGCCCCCGCCGCCUCCACCACCUCCAGCAGUGGCCACAACCCUUCAGCCCCCGCCGCCUCCACCACCUCCAGCAGUGGCCACAACCCUUCAGCCCCCGCCGCCUCCACCACCUCCAGCAGUGGCCACAACCCUUCAGCCCCCGCCGCCUCCGCCGCCUCCACCACCUCCAGGAGUGGCCACAACCCUUCAGCCCCCGCCGCCUCCACCAGUGGCCACAACCCUUCAGCCCCCGCCGCCUCCACCAGUGGCCACAACCCUUCAGCCCCCGCCUCCUCCACCACCUCCAGCAGUGGCCACAACCCUUCAGCCCCAGCCGCCUCCACCAGUGGCCACAACCCUUCAGCCCCCGCCUCCUCCUCCACCACCUCCAGCAGUGGCCAUAACCCUUCAGCCCCCGCCGCCUCCACCAGUGGCCACAACCCUUCAGCCCCCGCCGCCUCCACCAGUGGCCAUAACCCUUCAGCCCCCGCCUCCUCCACCACCUCCACCAGUGGCCACAACCCUUCAGCCCCCGCCGCCUCCAGCAGUGGCCAUAACCCUUCAGCCCCCGCCUCCUCCACCACCUCCAGGAGUGGCCACAACCCUUCAGCCCCCGCCGCCUCCACCACCUCCAGCAGUGGCCACAACCCUUCAGCCCCCGCCUCCUCCACCAGUGGCCAUAACCCUUCAGCCCCCGCCUCCACCACCAUCCCCAGCAGUGACAGCCCGGUGUUAACCGUAGACAGUCCACCAGGAUGCCCCACACUGCACCUCCAACAUUGGCCUCAGUGUAUUAAGCGAGCACAUGACACCAGUGUCACACAAACUCCCGCCUUAAACUCUCUCCCGGUACGUGGCCUCUGUCCCUCGUCGACUCUUACUUACGACGCGGUCUCCUCCGAGAACCCCAUAACGGUUAUUUACGAGAAUGACCUCGAGUUUCACCCAAGCCCAUAA